GAUCGCUGUCUCCAGGUCUAUUACUUUUUUUUUUAGGUCCAUUACUAUUCACACUGUGACUUUAAUGGGACAGCCCUACAACAACCACUCCUUCCUUCCCCUGUCACACACGUCAGUCUGGAGGGUGUGCAGGAGAACUGACAUCCAAAAUAACAAGGAAGACCGGAGGAGACCGAGCCCUAUCGCUGGGUGUCCGAGGUAACAAGAUAUAUCUUGACACACACCAACAUGUCCUCUGACUCCACUACUCCACCUCAUCCUCUUCAGUCGCCAAAGUCACCAGUCACCCCAUCCUAUCCUUUCCAUAGGGAGGGAAGUCGACUCUGGGAGAGAAACCAUCUUUUUUUAGGAGACCUGCCCAGCCCACUUCCAACUAAAAGAACCCGAACAUAUUCUGCAACUGCCCGGGCUUCUGCAGGACCUAUUUACAAAGGUGUAUGCAAGCAGUUUUCACGGUCCCAGGGACAUGGGUUCCUCAUUCCUGAAAAUGGAACAGAAGAUAUAUUUGUGCACAUUUCUGACAUUGAGGGAGAAUAUGUGCCCGUUGAAGGAGAUGAGGUAACAUACAAGAUGUGCCCGAUUCCACCCAAGAAUCAGAAAUUUCAAGCUGUGGAAGUCAUUCUCACUCACCUUUCUCCUCACACAAAGCAUGAGACAUGGUCAGGACAGAUUAUUAGCUCCUAGACUGUCAAAGCUUUCCAUAAGCAGUGGGGACCAAAAAGAGACAAACAGUACAACUGCCAUAUUGCCCACUAUCUACAUGUCCAUUAAUGAUUCCAGAUCUUCUGGAAAGAUUGAGCCAGUAUUCAGACUGGGAUUUGUUUAUUUAAUUUGUAAAAGACAGAUAUGGGCUGGUUCAAGCUGUCCCUAAGAUCUGGGGUGAAAUGUUAAUCUGUCCCUUGUACUAAAGCCAACACAACCCAGCUGGAUCACAACUAUUGUGUUAUUGGGACCACCCUGAGAUCAGCAUAUAACAAUGAAUUGUAACAACAAUGAGAAGUUCUCAGCUGUGCUCUUUUUCUUUGCAAAUGGGCUAAUGUGUCUUUAAUGAUGAUAUUCUUCACAAAAAUGUAUAGAGGUUUUGGUGUACAAUUCUUUUCGGGCCUCUGUUUUAUAAUAUCCUGCUCGGCGUUUGCAGGACUUUAGGUUGUAAAGCAUUACAAAUUAGCUGCAUUUCUAUAUUUUGUAUCACUGAAAAAUCAUUGCUGCAUUGAUAUUUCUACCAUACAAUUUUCUAAUGAAUAAUUUUGAGUAUCUUUAUUUAAUCAAUAACCGCACCACAGUGAUUAAUCUUCAGUCUUCACACAUAGUGAUAACCUAGGUGGAGACGGAGAUAUAACAUAAAUAUCCACAGAUUUCAAAUGUUAGUAAAUUAUUGUGAACUAUUUUUGUUUUUAUAUAUAUAUAUAGAUAGAUAUAUCUAUCUAUAUAUAGAUAUAUAUACACAGUAUAUGUGCGUGUGCCUUAAAUCUUGUAUUUUAGUACAUUUAGUACAAAGUUUUGUUUUGUUUGUUUGUUUGUUUCAGUUAAAUGUAUUUACCCAUUUUUUUUAUUCUUUGGUUAUGAAGUGUCUUUACUACCUAUAACACCACAGUGCAAUUGUGAAACAACUUAUUCCCAUUUUAUUAUUGAUCUGUGUGUGAUAAUUCUUUGUUACAUGUAAUACAGCACUCUAAAUUGAUAGAGUUUCUUCUAACUGUUUCCCCCUGAUCAAUCUUCAUGGUCAGAGAUAUUUAGAUAUCGUUUUCUGCAAAGAAAUCUUGUGGUCACUAAGAAUGGAAACACUUAAAAAUAUACCACAACCAACAUAGAUAAAACAAUACUGUAUUCUGUUGUGAAAUAGUUACACAUUUACUUACUUGGUUUUACAAAUUCAUUGCAAAUGUUCACACUUAAAUUACCUGGAUAUUGUUUUGUUUUUUUGUACUUGUAGAAUGUGAGUUUUGAUCCUAGACAGGGUAUUCUAAAAAAAUGUUUUCUGAUUGAUAUUCAUGUAAAUUCUUGCACGGUGCAGCAAUGCGGCUUACCGGUUGGGAUUGCAGCAGUGGGAUUUGAGUUUGAUUCUCAUGAGGGAAACAUCUACAAUGAAGAUUGUUCUUUGUUUGACUGCUUGGGUUUCAUGCUGGCCUUUAAGUCAGAUGGCAGUUUUUCACUUUGGUCAUAUUUUGAACAACAAAUUGUAGCAUGCGUUGCUAAAGUUAUAGCACGCCGUACAAUGUGGUAGGAAAGCUAUUUCAUAUAUCUUCCCAAUAUGAAUGCCACUUUGGUGGGGUCUUUUGCACCCACUAUGGCACAUAGUAAAAUAGGGCUUCCCUGGGAGGGACAUUCACCAGAGAUCCCGUAGAUACAUUCCUGUCUGCCAGUGGAGUACUACAGGGAUAUUAUCAUGUUGCAUAUGACCUCUAAUAUAAGGCCUGGCCUCAAGAUCUGAAAUGUUGUUUAAAAAGUGCCCCGAAUGCUGUAAUUUGGGUUCGUUGACCUACAAUUUGCCAUUUGAGUCAGUUGAAAUUGAUAAAAAAAAAAGUAAAUAAAGGUCAUAUCAACACACA